AUGCUUGGCGACGGAGAACGCGGCGGAUUGACGCCGCGCUCGCUGUUGGCCAGCGCCAAUAUGGUGCGACAACAGAGCGACACCACCGGAGUGAGACGACUCGUCCGCGGCGCUGCUAUUGAAGAUGAUCGACCGCAAACUAGUCAGCUGACUUCGUCCAUGUCACCGAUUCUGCAACGGCCUACGCGGCAUAUUCGAAAGGUGUCAUCGCAAAGGAGUGAAAGCUAUAUUCAGUUAAAUCAGUAUCGAUUGAUGGAAGAGAUCGGACAGGGCUCAUAUGGUAUCGUCAAGCUCGCCUACAACGAAGAAGACAAGAAUCUCUAUGCUUUGAAAGUCUUAGAUAAGAUCAAACUGCUCAAGAACUUCGCCUGCUUUCGACCGCCACCAGCACGAAAAUCAAAAGCACCGCCUUUAACGCAUAGAAAUCCUUUACAAUUGGUGCAAAGAGAAAUUGCCAUUUUGAAGAAACUUAGCCAUCCGAAUGUCGUAAAACUAGUAGAGGUCUUGGACGAUCCCAAUGACAACUACCUGUACAUGGUUUUUGAGUUUGUCGAACGAGGCAGCAUUCUAGAUGUGCCUACCGAUAAACCAUUGGAUGAGGAUAGCGCUUGGAAAUAUUUUAGGGACACAUUACGGGGAUUAGAAUAUUUACACUAUCAAAAGAUUAUUCAUCGUGACAUCAAGCCCUCAAAUCUGUUGUUGUCGGAUUCUGGCCAUGUAAAAAUAGCCGAUUUCGGUGUCUCGUGCGAAUUCGAGGGUAUUGACGCAUUUUUGUCAGGAACUGCCGGAACUCCAGCAUUUAUGGCCCCUGAAGCGCUAACAGAAGGUUCCAAUCAUUUUUACUCUGGUAGAGCUCAAGAUAUCUGGUCGCUAGGAAUAACUCUUUACGCAUUUGUGAUAGGGAAGGUGCCUUUCUGGGAUGCAUAUGUGAUCGCGUUGCAUCGGAAAAUCAAAAACGAUCCGAUAGUCUUCCCAAACGAGCCGCACUUGAGUGAUCCGCUGAAAGAUCUGAUCCUUGGAAUGUUGAAGAAAGAUCCUGGGCAUCGAUUGUUGUUACAAGAAAUCAAAGUUCACGCAUGGGUUACCCGGCGGGGAACUAUUCCCAUGCCAUCGGAGGAGGAAAAUUGUCAGCUGGUUACGGUAACGGAAGAGGAAAUCGAGAACUGUGUACGGGUCAUUCCACGACUGGACACGUUAAUUCUCGUCAAGGCGAUGGGACAUCGGAAACGUUUUGGAAAUCCGUUCAGAAGCACCACAAACACCUCGAUACGAGAUCGACGAAAAUCAAAUUCCGUCAAGGACCCCACCUAUGUCCCGCCUCCAAGCGUGCAACAAAAUGGAGAGACUAGGCAUGAUGCGAACGGUUUGCUCGAGCCUAUGUCAAAAUUACAUCUAUCGCCUGAGAGUUAUCCGCCAAAAGCUGCAUCAGCUCGUCAAUAGCAGCUUCGUUGGAUUUAACAAUGACAUCAUUGCAGUCAUACCUAAAGAUCUCUGCUAAGAUCUUCAUAACGGUUCAAAAAUCUAGUCUAAUAAUUCGCUCAGUAAUUU